GAUCAUUUUACUACCACCACCACCACUAUGGGUAACAAACCGUCUUUAGAGAAAGCCUUUGACACUGCCAACCAGCAACCUCAAUAUAACCAACCUUAUCCUGGUAACCAUUCUCAGCCUUACCCUCAGCAGCCCGCACAUGGUGGUGGCCAACAGCAACACCAUCAACAGUCGCACAAUCAACAAUACAAUAAUCAAGGCGCCCCACACGCGCCUUCCCCUCAUUUAGACGAAGGUGACGAUCCCGAGUACUCUCGUCUGCGCGGCCUUGCCCAUCAAGCGGCCAUGACUCGUAAUGAAUGUUAUGAGCGAAGUCAACAGGCUUAUAAGAGUGGUGACGGAGCUCAAGCCAAGGAACUGUCGAACCAGGGACAUGAGCACGAUCGCCUGAUGAAACAAUAUAACAAACAGGCAGCGGAUUUUGUGUUUGAAAAAAAGAACCGGGGUCGAAGUCCCGACGAGGUCGACUUGCAUGGCUUGUUUGUGCAAGAAGCAACCGAACGUGCUGAAGAAGCCAUCGCCCGCUGUCAGAGGGAAGGCAGAGAUCACUUGACCAUCAUCGUUGGCCGAGGCAAUCAUAGCAUUGAUCACAUUGCUAAGCUUAAGCCAGCUAUCACCACCAUGGUCGAGAAAUACAACGUUCAUGUCGAACCUAACACCCCUAAUCCUGGUUGCUUGUAUGUAGAAUUCGGCAAAGGCAAAGGAGAUAUGCGGUGGCUCGAUAGACUGGAGGACAAAGUUCGAAGUGGUGACUGCGUUGUUAUGUAGAACAGCUUUACCAAGACGAAAUUAUGAAACUCAUCUUUGUCAUCCCAAAUUUUUGGUCAAGUAACUAAACAUCCAAAAAUAAAAAUUAUAAAAAACAAAAAAAUUGACCAGCUG